CAGAGCGAGAACGGCUGCAACGGUCUGCUACGCUAGGUUAGGCCUUCAAGCAUGCCAGGGUCGUUAAGCAGAGUGGGACUGGGGCCAGAGCAGUAGUGGCUUUGCUAUAGAGGCUGGUACUGCCCCCCACAGGAAAGGAAUGGAACCGACCGGAGACAGCCGAGAGGGCUCCGCGGGAGUCACGAGGCCGAGCGUGAGCCGCUCCGUACACCGCGCAUGCCCACGACACAAUCAGGUUCCGGCGAAAGUGCCCGGAAGUAACGGCCGGGCCAAGAUGGCUGCAGAGGAGGGGGCCGCGAGUGCUGCUUCCGCCGGCGGUAGCUGGGGCGCCGCGGCCAUGGGGCGGGUUCUGCCGAUGCUGUUGGUGCCGGUCCCCGCCGAGGCGAUGGGGCAGCUGGGCUCCCGGGCGCAGCUGCACACACAGCAGGAGGCUCUGGGGAGCCUGACGGCUGCGGGCAGCCUCCAGGUGCUUUCUUUGGCGCCUGGCAGCCGGGGCCGGGGUCGCUGCUGCCUGGAGGGCCCCUUUUGGCACUUUAUAUGGGAGGAUUCUCGUAACAGCAGCACACCAACUGACAAGCCCAAACUGCUCGCUCUUGGUGAAAAUUAUGAACUGCUUAUCUAUGAAUUUAAUUUGAAAGAUGGAAGAUGUGAUGCAGCCAUUUUGUGUAGCUAUAGUGGGGAGGCAUUGCAAAAGCUCAUUGAAGAUCAAGAUAUCAGUAUUUCCUUAUUGUCUUUGAGAAUCCUGUCAUUUCACAAUAACACAUCGUUAUUGUUCAUCAACAAAUGUAUCAUCCUACAUAUUAUAUUUCCUGAAAGAGAUGCUGCAAUUAGAGUACUCAACUGUUUCAAACUACCCUUGCCUGCACAGGCAGUGGACAUGAUUAUUGACACGCAGCUCUGCAGAGGAAUUCUUUUUGUUUUGAGUAGUUUAGGCUGGAUCUACAUUUUUGAUGUUGUGGAUGGUACGUAUGUAGCUCAUGUGGAUUUAGCACUUCACGAAGAAGAUAUGUGUAAUGAGCAGCAGCAGGAGCCAGCCAAGAUUUCUUCAUUUACUUCACUGAAAGUGUCUCAGGACCUCGAUGUUGUAGUGAUUGUCAGCUCAUCCAACUCUGCAAUUGCUCUUAACUUAAAUUUGUAUUUCAGGCAACACCCAGGACACCUACUGUGUGAAAGAACACUAGAAGACCUUCCUAUUCAAGGACCUAAAGGGAUAGAUGAAGAUGAUCCUGUUAACUCUGCCUACAACAUGAAACUGACCAAGUUUUCUUUCCAAAUUGAUAGGUCGUGGAAAGCCCAGCUAUCAUCAUUGAAUGAAACAAUAAAGAACUCCAAACUGGAGGUUUCCUGUUGUGCUCCAUGGUUCCAGGAUAUUUUGCAUUCAGAGUCACCUGAAUCUGGUAACCACAGUACAAGUGUACAGAGCUGGGCUUUGAUUCCACAGGACAUAAUGCAUGGGCAAUAUAAUUUUCUACGGAAAGAUCAUACCAAGACCAGUAAUCCAGGAAGAUCAUGGAAGAUAAUGCACAUCAGUGAACAAGAGGAACCCAUAGAUUUUAAAUGUGUGUCUGUGACAGGAUUCACUGCACUGUUUACUUGGGAAGUGGAAAGGAUGGACUAUACCAUUACCCUCUGGGAUUUGGAGAACCAGGGCAUGCAGUGUUUUUCCCUUGGCAGAAAGUGUAUUCCUGUAGACAGUAGUGGAGAGCAGCAACUGUGCUUUGUUUUGACAGAGAAAGGACUCUCUCUGAUUUUGUUUGGUUUGACUCAAGAAGAGUUUUUAAACAGACUCAUGAUCCAUGGAAGUGCCAGCACUGUGGACAUUCUUUGUCAUCUCAAUGGCUGGGGGAGGUGCUCCAUUCCCAUACAUGCACUAGAGGCCGGGAUAGAAAAUCGUCAGCUGGACACAGUAAAUUUCUUUUUGAAGAGCAAGGAAAAUCUUUUUAAUCCAUCCUCAAAAUCUUCUGUAUCUGAUCAGUUUGAUCACUUUUCAUCCCAUUUAUAUUUAAGAAAUGUGGAAGAGCUGAUGCCAGCAUUGGAUUUACUUUGCUCAGCAAUUAGAGAAAGUUAUUCUGAACCCCAAAGCAAACACUUUUCAGAACAAUUGCUUAAUCUUACACUGUCUUUCCUUAACAACCAAAUAAAGGAGCUUUUUAUUCACACUGAAGAACUAGAUGAACAUCUGCAAAAAGGAGUGAACAUUUUGACUAGCUACAUUAAUGAACUUCGAACCUUCAUGAUAAAGUUUCCUUGGAAGCUAACAGAUGCUGUAGAUGAAUAUGAUGUACAUGAAAAUGUCCCCACAGUAAAGGAGAGCAAUAUAUGGAAGAAACUCAGCUUUGAGGAAGUUAUUGCCAAUGCCAUUUUAAACAACAGAAUACCAGAGGCACAGACUUUCUUCAGGAUUGAUAGUCAUUCUGCUCAAAAACUUGAGGAGCUGAUUGGCAUAGGCCUAAAUUUGGUCUUUGACAAUUUAAAAAAGAACAAUAUAAAGGAAGCCUCUGAACUUUUGAAGAAUAUGGGGUUUGAUGUAAAAGACCAAUUGCUCAAGAUAUGCUUCUACACAACUGAUAAAAAUAUACGCGACUUUUUGGUUGAAAUUUUAAAAGAAAAAAAUUAUUUUUCUGAAAAAGAGAAAAGAACUAUAGACUUCGUGCAUCAAGUUGAGAAGCUUUAUUUGGGACAUUUCCAAGAAAAUAUGCAAAUCCAGUCAUUUCCCAGGUAUUGGAUAAAAGAACAAGAUUUUUUCAAGCACAAGUCUGUGUUGGACUCAUUCCUGAAAUAUGAUUGUAAAGAUGAAUUUAACAAACAGGACCAUAGAAUUGUGUUAAAUUGGGCUCUGUGGUGGGAUCAACUAACACAAGAAUCCAUCAUUCUCCCCAGGAUAAGUCCAGAAGGCAAGUGUGAGAGAGCCUGAAAUAUGAAUAUACUGAAUGAGGAUUAAAUUGGGUAUUGAUAUUUGAAUAUUUCGAUGUGUCUCAAUUUUAGAUUUCCUUUUGGGAAAUAAUAUUCAGGUUUUUUAAAAUGCAAAUCAUUGCAUUAAGACCUCUUUCUUAUCCCAGAGUUUCUGGGAGGGAUUCAUAAUGUGCUAAUAAAAGAAAAAAAAUAGUUAAUUGAGAU